UCACGAGAACUCACCCGGGGCGGCGGGCGCUUCCCGGCCGGUCCGUCCGCCGCGGGCCAUGGCCAACGUCUCCAAGAAGGUGUCCUGGUCCGGCCGCGACCGCGACGACGACGAGGCGGCGCCGCUGCUGCGGCGGGCGGCGCGGCCCGACGAGGGGACGCCGCUGCUGAACGGGGCCGGGCCGGCCGCGCGCCAGCUGCCUCAUUCUGCAUUUUUCCAAGUUGGACAAAUGAAAACCAUGGAGCUGGAUGACGAGCUCUUGGACCCGGAAGUGGACCCACCUCCCCCCUUCCCCAAGGAGAUCCCACACAAUGAGAAGCUCCUGUCCCUCAAGUAUGAGAGCUUGGACUACGACAACAGUGAGAACCAGCUGUUCCUGGAAGAGGAGAGGCGGAUCAACCACACGGCCUUCAGGACGGUGGAGAUCAAGCGCUGGGUCAUCUGUGCCCUCAUCGGGAUCCUCACGGGCCUCGUGGCCUGCUUCAUCGACAUCGUGGUUGAGAACCUGGCCGGCCUCAAGUACAGGGUCAUCAAGGACAACAUCGACAGGUUCACAGAGAAGGGCGGGCUGUCCUUCUCCCUCCUGCUGUGGGCCACGCUCAACUCGGCCUUUGUGCUCAUAGGCUCUGUGAUAGUGGCCUUCAUUGAGCCAGUAGCUGCCGGCAGUGGGAUCCCCCAGAUCAAGUGCUUCCUCAAUGGGGUGAAGAUCCCCCAUGUAGUGCGGCUCAAGACAUUGGUGAUCAAGGUGUCCGGCGUGAUUCUGUCCGUGGUGGGGGGACUGGCUGUGGGAAAGGAAGGGCCUAUGAUCCACUCCGGGUCCGUGAUCGCUGCUGGGAUUUCCCAGGGAAGGUCAACAUCACUCAAGCGAGAUUUCAAGAUCUUUGAGUACUUCCGCAGAGACACGGAGAAGAGAGACUUUGUCUCAGCAGGAGCUGCGGCUGGAGUAUCAGCUGCAUUUGGAGCGCCCGUGGGUGGUGUCCUGUUCAGCCUGGAAGAAGGUGCCUCUUUCUGGAACCAGUUCUUGACAUGGAGAAUUUUCUUUGCUUCCAUGAUUUCCACCUUCACUCUGAACUGUGUCCUGAGUAUCUACCAUGGGAACAUGUGGGACCUGUCCAGCCCAGGACUCAUCAACUUCGGAAGGUUUGACUCAGAGAAAAUGGCCUAUACCAUCCAUGAGAUCCCUGUCUUCAUUGCCAUGGGAGUGGUGGGUGGCAUUCUCGGAGCUGUCUUCAAUGCCUUGAAUUACUGGCUGACAAUGUUUCGAAUCAGGUACAUCCACCGGCCCUGCCUCCAGGUGAUUGAGGCCAUACUGGUGGCCGCUGUCACAGCCACGGUCGCCUUUGUGCUGAUUUACUCGUCCCGGGAUUGCCAGCCCCUGCAGGGAAGUUCCAUGUCCUACCCGCUCCAGCUCUUCUGUGCGGACGGCGAGUACAACUCCAUGGCUGCGGCCUUCUUCAACACCCCUGAGAAGAGUGUGGUCAGCCUCUUCCACGACCCACCAGGCUCCUAUAACCCCAUGACGCUGGGCCUGUUCACCAUCGUGUACUUCUUCCUGGCCUGCUGGACCUACGGGCUCACUGUGUCUGCUGGGGUCUUCAUCCCGUCCCUGCUCAUCGGCGCUGCUUGGGGUCGGCUCUUUGGCAUCUCUCUAUCCUACCUCACGGGGGCAGCGAUCUGGGCAGACCCUGGCAAGUACGCCUUGAUGGGAGCUGCUGCCCAGCUCGGUGGGAUCGUGAGGAUGACCCUGAGCCUGACAGUCAUCAUGAUGGAGGCCACCAGCAAUGUGACCUACGGCUUUCCUAUCAUGCUGGUGCUGAUGACCGCCAAGAUCGUGGGCGAUGUCUUCAUUGAGGGCCUGUACGACAUGCACAUCCAGCUGCAGAGCGUGCCCUUCCUGCACUGGGAGGCUCCGGUCACCUCCCACUCACUCACCGCCAGGGAGGUGAUGAGCACCCCUGUGACGUGCCUGCGGAGGAGGGAGAAGGUCGGUGUUAUCGUGGACGUCCUCAGUGACACGGCCUCCAACCACAACGGCUUCCCCGUGGUGGAAGACACGGACGACACCCAGCCAGCCAGGCUCCAGGGCUUGAUCCUGCGUUCCCAGCUCAUUGUCCUUCUGAAGCACAAGGUGUUUGUAGAGAGGUCCAACAUGGGCCUGGUGCAGCGCCGGCUGAGGCUGAAGGACUUCCGAGAUGCCUAUCCACGCUUCCCCCCGAUCCAGUCCAUCCACGUGUCCCAGGAUGAGCGAGAGUGCUCUAUGGACCUGUCCGAGUUCAUGAACCCCUCCCCUUACACUGUGCCCCAGGAAGCGUCUCUCCCUCGGGUGUUCAAGCUGUUCCGGGCUCUGGGCCUGAGGCACCUGGUGGUCGUGGACAAUCACAAUCAGGUGGUCGGGCUGGUGACCAGGAAGGACCUGGCCAGGUACCGCCUGGGGAAGGGCGGCCUGGAAGAACUCUCGCUGGCACAGACAUGAGGCCUGGCCCCUGGUGGGCAGCGGCAGCCCAGCCCCUUUGUGCUCUGUCCUGGGGUCCCUGGUCUCUUGGCCAAAGCCUUACCUCCUGGGCAGCACAGCAGCAGGAUCGAGCAGCCCCAUCUCGGGUCCAGCUGGCCUGUGAGCCUGCCUUUCUUCGCGGACGCGUGGUUUACAUCCUUAGUACUUCCCCUGUGCCCCGGCCCCUUGGCACCCCGCCACCCCCGUUCCUUUCCUUCCAGCUGUGUCUCUGGCUGCUGGCUCCCCAGAGGCCGGCAGAGGGGCAGAGCGCCAGGCAGGCGAGCCGUGCUCCUGGCUGCUGCUUCUGUGGGACCCACACGCCAGCCACACUGCCCUCACCACCAGAAGCCUCACAGCCAGGGCUCAAGGAUGCCACACUGCUCCAUGGGGAGCCCCAGGUGGCCCAGGUCCAACCUGACUUAGGUGAUCCCAGACCCUGAAGACAGGAAGAUGGGGCCUGUGCCAGGGGCUGGGGCCCUAAGAGUCCCGCGGGCCUGAGGCGUGCAUUUGAAGACAGCCAGGAAGACAGGUUCUCAGCACGGGGGCCGCGGUGUCAGCAGUGGCUCACUUCUGGCUACAGUGGCCACCAAGUGCACACCACUGGGGUGAUCUCCUGUGGCCUAGCACAGAGUGGCGCUAGUCUGGUGGCAUGGGCCCGUGGAUUGGCAGAGCUAGCCAGGCCUGGCCAGAUAGUGUUCCUCGGGUCUCUUUUAUGAACAUGUGAGAUAUUUAAGUCGGCUGGCGCCAUCCCGUUCCCUGCCUGGGGCCUAGAGGUCAGGGCACUGAGCACGGGCACCAGGUGGCGGGCCUCCUGUGAUGCCCGCACAGUGCUCCGCGGGCAGGGGCCCAUGCUCAAGGAACGACAGCCGCCUGUGGGCCCACGGCCUUGCUCCCAGGAACUCCCUGCAGACCUGUGCCCACGUGCCCGGGCCAGCCCCUCCCCAGGGAGGCCGAGCGGUCCGCACAGCUGCAGGACCAGGUGUUGUCUGAGCCCUCAUGGGAGGGGAGGGGGUCCGCGAAGCCUCUGCGUGGGAAGGGCAGCGAAGGGAAGGGAAGGAACUGCGCAGGGCCUCAAACGAUUGGUACCAAAAAAGCACGUGCAAUCUUGUUCAUAGUUUUAUGUCAGUUACAUGUUGAGAUGAUAUUUUGGAUAUACUAGGUAAAUAAAAGGAGCUAUCAAAACUCA